AUGCAUUCCCACUUACAAGACCUGAUUGGGAUUUCACCACGGCUGAAGGUAGGAGACACCUACGCCUUUAUCGCCAAGGGCCAGGAGCCCCCCCCUGAGCCCAGGAUAACUCUUGAAGUUGGGGGGCAGCCAGUCACCUUUCUGGUGGACACAGGAGCCCAGCACUCAGUCCUCACCCAGGCCCCUGGACAACUCAGCGACCGGACGGCCUGGGUACAAGGAGCCACUGGCAGCAAGAGAUACCGUUGGACUACAGAUCGACGGGUUCAGCUGGCUACUGGUAAGGUGACCCAUUCCUUCUUACAUGUUCCGGACUGCCCAUACCCUCUGCUGGGCCGUGACUUGCUUACCAAAUUAAAAGCUCAGAUCCAUUUUGAAGAAGGAGGGACCCGAGUAACCGGGCCCCGCGGUAUUCCUCUUCAGAUUUUAACCCUUCAGUUAGAAGAUGAAUAUAGAUUAUAUGAACCAGAACAGGACAAGCCAAAAUCUCCAGAAAUAGACUCUUGGGUCACGAAAUUCCCACUGGCCUGGGCAGAGACUGGCGGGAUGGGGUUGGCGCUCCAACAGCCUCCCCUAAUUAUCCAGUUAAAGGCCACCGCGACUCCUGUCUCCAUUAAACAGUACCCCAUGUCAUGGGAAGCUUAUCAGGGCAUAAAGCCACAUAUCAGGAGGCUCUUAGACCAAGGCAUCCUAGUCCCUUGCCGGUCACCCUGGAAUACGCCUCUGCUACCUGUUAAGAAGCCCGGCACUGGAGACUAUAGGCCAGUACAAGAUUUGAGAGAGGUCAACAAAAGAGUAGAAGAUAUUCAUCCAACUGUCCCAAACCCUUAUAACCUACUCAGCACCCUGCCUCCCACCCAUACUUGGUAUACGGUCUUAGAUCUGAAGGAUGCUUUCUUCUGCCUCCGGCUGAGCCCAGAAAGCCAGCCCUUAUUUGCUUUUGAGUGGAAAGACUCUGAAAUGGGGCUUUCGGGACAGUUGACUUGGACAAGGUUACCACAGGGUUUCAAAAACAGCCCAACGCUCUUUGAUGAGGCCUUACACCGGGACUUGGCUGACUUUCGAGUCCAGCAUCCCACUCUUAUACUUCUUCAGUUUGUUGAUGACCUUCUUCUAGGGGCCACUUCUGAGACAGCAUGCCACCAGGGAACAGAAUCCCUCUUGCAGACUUUGGGGCGAUUGGGCUAUCGAGCUUCUGCCAGAAAGGCUCAAAUUUGCCAGACCCAGGUUACUUAUUUAGGCUAUCAACUAAGGGACGGACAGCGAUGGCUGACUCCGGCUAGGAAACAGACCGUGGCCAACAUCCCAGCCCCAAGAAAUGGCCGACAGCUACGGGAAUUCCUAGGAACGGCGGGAUUCUGCCGCCUCUGGAUUCCUGGGUUUGCCGAGAUGGCAGCCCCCUUGUACCCUCUCACUAAACAGGGGGUGCUCUUCCAGUGGGGGGCAGAACAACAGGAGGCAUUUGAUAACAUUAAACGGGCCUUGCUGUCCUCCCCUGCCUUGGGUCUCCCAGACAUCACCAAGCCCUUUGAACUAUUUGUGGAUGAGAAGCAAGGGUAUGCUAAGGGGGUCCUAACACAAAGACUGGGACCCUGGAAGCGCCCGGUAGCCUACCUGUCUAAGAAAUUAGACCCUGUGGCCUCUGGUUGGCCACCAUGCCUGAGAAUGGUGGCAGCCAUUGCCGUCCUAACUAAAGACGCUGGGAAGUUGACCUUGGGGCAGCCACUCACCAUCCUGGCACCCCAUGCAGUGGAGGCUUUGAUAAAACAGCCCCCUGACCGCUGGCUCUCCAAUUCCCGCAUGACCCACUACCAAGCCUUGCUACUGGAUGCGGAACGGGUCCAGUUUGGGCCCGUGGUCGCUCUCAACCCAGCCACUCUGCUUCCUUUGCCAGAGGAGGCAGAACAGCACGACUGUCUGCAGAUCCUCGCAGAAGUACAUGGAACCAGACCAGACCUAUCGGACCGACCUCUCCAGGAUGCUGACCAUACGUGGUAUACCGAUGGUAGCAGCUACUUGGUGAACGGGGAACAGAAAGCUGGAGCCGCGGUCACUACGGAGGACAAAGUGAUCUGGGCAAGCGCCUUGCCUGUUGGUACCUCCGCACAGCGGGCUGAACUCAUUGCCUUAACCCAGGCGCUCAAAAUGGCAGAAGGUAAGAGGCUGAAUGUAUAUACAGACAGCCGCUACGCCUUUGCUACAGCACACAUCCAUGGAGAGAUCUACCGGAGAAGAGGGCUGCUCACAUCUGAGGGUAAGGACAUUAAGAACAAGACUGAAAUUCUGGCCCUCCUGGCAGCUCUGUUCCUACCAAAAAGACUGAGCAUUAUACAUUGCCCAGGGCAUCAGAAGGGACACAGCCCCGAGGCACGGGGAAAUCGGCUAGCUGAUGUCUCAGCGCGUGAGGCCGCCAUGGGCACCCAAGUUCUGUCCUUAAAAGACCAAGAUCAACCCACGUCUCCACAGCCGGAACAGACCGGUUGGCUCUACACCACGGAGGACACAAAGCUCCUACAGAAAAUGGGGGCCGUUUGGUGCCCACAACUAAAACGGUGGGUCUACACAGGGAAAACAGUUAUGCCUACGAAGAUGACCUUUGAAUUAAUCUCCUACCUACAUAAAUUAACACACCUGGGACUCAAGAAGAUGAAGACCCUCUUAAGACGAGAAGAGAUUGACACCUACCUCCUGGGACGAGAUCAGGCCUUGAGGGAGGUGACUGAAAGCUGCAGGGCCUGUGCUCAGGUAAACCCAGGAAAAGCUAAAAUUGGACAAGGAGUCCGUCCCCGAGGACAUCGGCCUGGUACCCACUGGGAAAUUGACUUCACUGAAAUCAAGCCUGGUAUGUACGGACACAAAUACCUCUUAGUGUUCAUAGAUACCUUCUCCGGAUGGGUAGAGGCUUUCCCCACGAAACAUGAAACGGCCAAGGUGGUGACCAAGAAGCUCCUCGAAGAAAUCUUCCCCAGCACAUCUUCAGGCCCUACAAAUCGUGCAGAGAGACAUCUGGAAACCUCUAGCCGCGGCCUACCAAGACAGGCUUGAACAACCGACGGUGCCGCACCCGUUCCAGAUCGGAGACACCGUGUGGGUGCGCAGACAUCAGACCAAGAAUCUCGAGCCUCGGUGGAAAGGACCCUAUACAGUUCUCCUGACUACCCCGACAGCCUUGAAGGUAGACGGAAUUGCGGCUUGGAUCCACGCAUCUCAUGCCAAGGCAGCCCGACCUGAGGAAACGGCAGAUCACAACAUCGCACCCCAGACAUGGAAGGCUCAACGCACUCAAAACCCCCUAAAGCUAAGAUUUUCACGUUGUUGCUCUUAACUGUCUUAUGGACUAGGGGUGGGGCGAGUCUGGGGGCUAGCCCCCACCAGGUAUAUAAUAUGUCCUGGAUAAUAACUAAUUUAGAGACGGGCUGGUCUCAAGUCCUAGCUAAUGGUAAGCAUGCUGAAGGAACCUGGUGGCCCCCUUUGACUUUCGACCUUUGUCAACUGGCUAAGGACUCCUGGGAGCAUACUGAGCGGACUCCCCACAACUCAUACCCACCCUGCAGACACUCUGAUUGGUAUACUUGUCCCGGAGGUAAGAGGACACGGGAGUGCGGAGGUCCUGAGACCUUCUACUGCGCUAAGUGGGGGUGUGAGACUUACACUCGAGGAUGGUGGGGGACCAAGAAGGGGGACUUAGUGGCCUUCUCCCCUGAGACUCCAGGCGAAUCUCGAAUUACAAUAGAAUUCACAGAUCAAGGUAAAAACAUAGAUUGGAAGGUGGGGCGUAGGUGGGGGAUACGGUUGUAUACCCCUGGCCAAACUAACCCAGGACUCCUGUUCUCCCUCCAACUGGUGAGAGAACGGGUCACACAAGAGAUUGGUCCAAACCCAGUCCUCAUGGAUCAAAAGCCCCCUUCCCGACCAGCACCAGCACUGCCCCCGGUCGGACCCCCACUAUGGCUAAACACCACUCAGAACUCCGGGGAUAUCUUGACAA